GGAAUUCAUAAUUCCGGUCAGUAUCCCACCGUUUGAGAGACCUACUGUGCCCGAAGCUGCAAAAUCAUUUCAUUCACAAAAUAAAAACCAAUAAAAUAUGCCCUCUUUUGGAAGCGCUCACUAAACCCUCGCAUCCGCUAUGGGAACGCCGGAAACUUCAAGGGAGCCUUGCCCCGAUCGCAUCCUAGACGACCUCGGUGGCGCGUUUGGGAUGGGAGCUGUAGGGGGAUCAGCCUUCCACUUUAUCAAAGGUAUCUACAACUCUCCGAAUGGCGCGCGGAUGAUCGGUGCCACUCAAGCCGUCCGAAUGAACGCCCCCAGAAUCGGCGGCAGCUUUGCCGUAUGGGGCGGCCUCUUCUCGUGCUUCGAUUGCACCAUGGUCUACGUGCGACAGAAAGAGGAUCCGUGGAACUCCAUCAUCUCUGGAGCUGCCACCGGAGGCCUCCUCUCCUUGCGCCAGGGCCUAGGGUCCUCCGCACGAGCCGCCGCCUUCGGAGGCGUCCUCUUGGCUUUAAUCGAAGGAGCUGGUAUCAUGCUGAACAAGUUCACGACUGCUCCUCUCAACGCUCCAAUCUACGUCAACGAUCCUAUGGGACCUCCUGGCGGGAAUCAGCUUCCAAACAACGACACACCAUCAGAGUCGUGGUUUGGAGGGUUGUUCGGUGAAAAAAAAGAAGAGAAGAAGAGCAGCGGCUUGAAGACGGAAAUUCUGGAGAGCUUUGAGACGCCCAUCCCUCCUACUUUCGAAUUUAAGUGAAACUUCUCUUCAAAUUCAACCAUAAUCUUGUUAUGUUGUAGGAUAAAUUGGAACUAUUUCUAAAAAUGCACUCUUUUUACUAUGGGUUUUGUGGGGUUCAAUGAGUUCUUAGUAGUUACUAGUUAGUAUUAGUAUGAACUACAAAUUAUGAGAUAUAAUCCAUUGGUAGGAAGCGUAGUAUAUGUUCCCUGAUCUGCCCAAUAUUCCAAUAUAUGAAAAUUUUUCAAUCUGAGAAUUUCGUGCUUUAUAUUUUUUCUACAGACAGCUAGGAUUGGACACAAUGUAUGUCUUCAGUGCUCAUUACUCUAAUAAAUAAAGUGCAAGCUUAGAAUACUUGCUUAUAUGAUGAAUCUAUCUCUUUGUUGCAUAUUUGAGUUGCUUGUCAUUUAUACACUAUCACUAAUAUCUGGGGGGGACAAGAACAGUUAUGUACUGCUACAAGCCUACAAGCAGUGAUCAGAUCAUGUGAAAUAGCAAUAGAAUACUAAGCACAUGCCACAACAAUUUCAGAUUCUUGCUCCAUCUUUCACCAGUGAGUCAUACAUUUGGGUAUUAGAUCCUUGGGCUACUGUAUCAAGAUUAUUGGUACUCUGUCAUAUUUGGAAUUUUUCACUUUUAUAGUCCUGUGGUUAUUGUGAUAUACAUUUUUUGUGAAUGUUUAGAAGUUCAUCACCACAGCUGGUGGAACUAAAUUCUUAUGGUCACAAUAGUUCAUCACAACAGUUGGAGAACAAAAACUGUGGCAGUUAGAGGAUCAUUGUCACAUGAAUCAGAAAGGGAAAAUUCAAAGUAUCCAUAGUGCUUCCAAAUAGUCAGAAAAAUUAAACGUUUAAUAAUUUCAAAAGCCGGAUUCCCAAAUUAUACCUCAUGAU